AUGCGAUUAUCUGGACAAUCUCUCUAUUACACUCGGUAUAUAUCAUUUAUAUCUACGUAUCAAAAACUUAAUAUAUUUUCAUAUCUAUCUAUCUAUCUAUCUAUCUAUCUAUCUAUCUAUCUAUCUAUCCCAGUCUGUUCCUAUCUCAUCAAUGUUCCUAUCUAUCUAUCUAUCUAUCUAUCUAUCUAUCUAUCUAUUUCAGUAUGUUCUAUUUCAGUAUGUUCCUAUCUCAUCAAUGUUCCUAUCUAUCUAUCUAUCUAUCUAUCUAUCUAUCUAUCUAUCUAUCUAUCUAUCUAUUUCAGUAUGUUCUUAUCUCAUCCAGUUCCUAUCUAUCUAUCUAUCUAUCUAUCUAUCUAUCUAUCUAUCUAUCUAUCUAUCUAUCUAUCUAUGCCUUUUCAUAUGUGUUUAUCCAAGCCAGUUCCUAUCUAUCUAUCUAUCUAUCUAUCUAUCUAUCUAUCUAUCUAUCUAUCUAUCUCAGUAUGUUCCUAUCUCAUCCUGUUCCUAUCUAUCUAUCUAUCUAUCUAUCUAUCUAUCUAUCUCAGUGUUCCUAUCUCAUCCUAUUCCUAUCUAUCUAUCUAUCUAUCUAUCUAUCUAUCUAUCUAUCUAUCUAUCUAUCCCAGUUUAUUUCUUUCUCUUUCUAUUUCCGUGUCGUCAUAA